AUGGAACUCUUCUUCGAUCGCUUUAACCUGGAAAAACAGCCUCUUAUUGAGUUGCCGCAGUUUUUGAAUUCACUACCCUUCGGGCAGUACAUGAUCCCCAACUAUUCGGCUGUCGUGGUAAGCAUCUACAUGUUCUGGUACAUCGCUUUGGACAGGGUUGCCGGCACAUUUGGAGCAAUUAUUGUCUUUCUUUGUUAUGUACUUGCCAACUUCUUGGUCGUCGAAGGUGUAACUUUUAUGAAAGCGAGCAUUGCGCAUGUGGCGCUAGCCAUUAUAGUUUUGGGAUUCAUUCUGCAGUUUAUUGGUCACGGCGUAUUCGAGCAUCGUAAACCGGCGCUUUUUGACGGUCCAGGCCAGGCGCUUAUCACGGCUCCAAUGUUUGUGCUGCUUGAAAUCAUGUUCUCGUUAGGCUACCGUCCAGAACUCCACCAGCGCAUCGUGAAGCAAAUGCAAAAGAAUAUCAGGAACUCGAGCUCUCUCAAGACGAUCUAG